CCUCCAGCUUCCAGGCUAUGGCGCCAGCAAUGGCUCCUUGGGCUCCCGGCUUGUGGCGGGCCUGCAACGCGCUCAUGGCAGCUUUCUUCGCCCUGGCCGCUGUGGUGCAGGUGAACGAUCCAGACGCAGAGUUCUGGGUGGUGGUGUACGCUAUCCCAGCAGUGCUCACCCUGCUUGUGGGAUUUAAUCCUCAUGUCACAGGCAACUUCAUCUGGAAGAGUGUGUCUGUGAUUCACAUGCUGUUCUGUGUGCUGUGGGCUGGUGGCUUGGCGUACCACUUCUUGCUUUAUGCAAAGCAGAACAUCCUAAAUGAGGAAGAAGGCAGGGAGCUGUCUGGCCUGGCGAUUGUCACAGCAUGGAUGGCCCUGUGUUACAGAUCAUCCAAGAAUCCAGGUGGUGGAAGAAUGCACUUGGCUAUUGCUGUUGUGAUCACGGUAUUCCCACUCCUGUCGUGGGUCUACGUGUACAUAAACAAGGAGAUGCGGUCCUCCUGGCCCACUCAUUGCAAGACAGUUAUUUAAAUGAGCCCAAUAAUGUUUAAAUCAGUAGUUUCAACAUGUUAUACACCUUGGGGUAACAGGACAGAUUCCCAGAGAUGAUUUUAAAGUCUUGAGACUGUAACGAGGCCACCCACAUGUGAUGGAAGAUUGACUAGGAGAGAUAAGAACUGGGGGCUGAGUCUCCAGAGGUCUCUUCUGUGACAGCACUGGACCAGGCAAUGAGCAGAAACUUGAGUUUGAAUCCAGCUUUAGCACUAUGUGAUGGGGCAAACCCACAAAUCGCCUGGUAGAUAUUUCCUCACAUAUAAAGUAGGAUGUCAGAUCUCUUCAGUUACCACAAUCAAACUAAUGUGAAGGCACUCUGAGAAGAUGAAGCUCACUUGAGAGUUCCAAAGGGAGUAGAGUGAGAGGGGGCUGAGGCUGGGUAGCAUGCUGACAUGGAGGGAGGUUCAAGAAGACUGCAAACCCAAACUAAUCUCAAUGUAUACUUAACUGGUUCAGCUGUACUGAACCCAGAAAAAUUCCAAGACAGGUGAAGCAAAUGAAAGUAGGAAGACAAGUAGAAAUUAAAUAUAGAAAAGAUAAAUUUGAAGUUAAGCAAGAAUAGGGAAUAUUAACCAUAACUUAUUCUCAGUGAAAACUAAGAUGAAAAUCUAUACAUCCUUUCAGUGAAUGUUGAAGUGACCACAGGGGAGGAGAGCUCUGUAGGGCGACACAGUCCAACAGGGCAGACACAGGUUGUUAUUGAGCAUUCGACUUGUGGGCAAGGUGACCAAAGUAAAUUUUUAACAUUUCUACUUUUUGAAGCAGGGAGUCAAGUGCCAGGAAAAGUUAAGUGUGCAUAGAAUGGUGUGUGUGUGUGUGUGUGUGUGUGUGUGUGUGUGUGUAUGAAUCUUCUUCAAUUGCAAAUUUUGGUAUAGACUAUUGGGGUUGGUCUGGUGCUACUAUGUAUUCAAAUGCUAAAUACUGGCCCCAGCGAUGAAAUCUGAUUGCCUCAUUUCAUGUACAGUAAAUGAUGUUAUGUAAACUUUACUUGCCAAUCUUUUGUGACUGGUUAAAUAAAAGUGGUUGACAGA